AUGAAGCUGUCAGUGAAGGAGUUAGUGGAAAAGUGUGAUACUUGCCAGAGAUGCAAGGCUAAGAAUGUUUCCUUACCUGGAUUGCUACAUCCCUUAGCCAUUCCUGAGCAAGCACGGAAGAGUAUUUCCAUGGAUUUCAUUGAAGGGUUGCCUAAGUCCCAAGGGAAGGAGGUGAUCCUAGUGAUUGUAGAUAGGCUCACCAAGUACAACCACUUUAUUGCAUUGACCCAUCCAUAUACUACUGAUAAAGUGGCCAUGGUGUUCAUUGAAAAUGUUUAUAAGCUGCAUGGCCUACCUGAGGAUAUUGUUACUGACAGAGACAAGUGCACUCCAUUUCAGGCUCUCUUUGGCUAUCCACCACCUAUGAUGGCUCUAAGGGCUAGCCAAGGAACUGGAGAGAGGGACUGGUUAUUUGAACAGGAGGAAAUGAUAUCAGUGCUCAAGGAUAACCUCAGAAGGGCUCAAGAUAGAAUGAAACAACAGGCAGAUAAAAGGAGAAGUGAAAGAAGUCUACAAGUGGGGGAUUGGGUCUAUCUCAUGGUUCAGCCUUACAGACAGAUUUCAGUGGCUGAAGGGGAGAUGCUUGCUCAUCCAAUGGUUGUGCUUAACAAGAGGCUUGUCAAGAGAGACAAUAAGGCUGUAACUCAAAUUCUUGUGCAGUGGGCAAAUCUUCCUAAGGAGUCUGCUACUUGGGAAGACUUUUAUCACAUCACUCACCAAUUUCCUACAUUUGAUCCAGGGAUUAAUUAA